AUGUGGUCCCGACUUACGGAGGGCUUAGCUGAUAUCGUGGCGCCCGAGGAAGGCGACGAGCUAGAGAGCAAUGACGACGACCAGCUGUGGAAUCGCUUCACCGCCGUGGUAGCGCCCCCUCCUCCAUCCCCAAACGCUACAGCUGCUGUUGCGGAAGAGGACGAGCAAGAGCAGUAUAUCUGCGAGUUGGAGCGUGCUCUCCUGCAGCGAAAAAAACAGAACGAGACGCUCGAGUCAAAACUUCUCGAGCUAGAGAGUCAAGCGGGGGAAGAGAGACAGCUCAAGCGACAGAUGAAGCAGCAGGAGCUGGAAAUUGCCCAGCAGAAGGCUACUAUUGAGAGGCUCCAGGCUGCUCGACAUGAUGUGACAAUACAGCGCGAAGAAGGGUCCACUUCAGGGUCAGAGCGUGAUCGACUAGUGCUGGAACUGCGACAGUCCCAAGCUGAGGCGAAUGUUCUAGCGACGCAGUGUCAAGCUCACGAGAAGGAGUUGAUCGCUUUACGUGACCGUGUAGAAGAGCUGCAAGCUGCUAAUGAGACGUUGCAGGAGGACGAGCGGGAGGCUCGUAGUAGAGCUGUCGAGUAUGAACAAGGAUACAUGGAUUUAUUAGCAGAAAUUGAGAAGAUAAAGACACAGAACGAGACGGAGAAGGCAGCGUUGCUUGCGAAAAGCGAGGAGCACUCGAGCUCGAUUGACAGCCAGAAACUCUAUGACCUGGAGGCUCGGUUGACUACGUCGGAAGCCGAUAAGGUAGUCGCCCAGCAAGACGCUGAGCGACUGCAGCGAGACCUGGAUGCUCUUGAAGGCGUCUUGCAUCAGUUCCAGGUAGAGAGCAAGGCUCAGAAAGAGCGUGUUGCUGCGAUACAAGUGGAGCUCGAACAAACGAAGGCAGAGCUGCAAACGCGCCAGCCUCUACCGGAACCUUCGGAAGAAAUGAACGAUUUAGAGAGGGUUAUGGAGAAACUGGCCAAGAAAACACACGAGUGUGAACAACUUCGAGAGGCGCUUGAAAGCACAGCGACGCACUAUAAUUCGGACCGUGACGUGCUGGAUAAAAGACUUGCGGCUGAAUUGGUGGUGGCCUAUGUGGAUAGUACCAAGAAGAACGAAGUACUUCAGCUCAUGGCGAGAAUGAUGGGGUUCUCGGAGGAACAAAAGCGCCGUGUUGGCUUGGGAUAUCAAAUUGAAGGAAAUGGAGGCGGGGGACUGUUCUCGUCUAUUAUCGGGCUUGUUGCUCCAGGCGACAGCGGGACUGCUCCCGUCGACCCGUCGGCGAUAGAAGGCAAGAGUUUUGCUGAUAUGUGGUCCGAGUUCUUGCUUGAUGAAGCGUCCAAAGAAAAAUAA